CUUUAAAAUGCAAGAAGACGGAGUAUUUACAACUCUAAGACGAUCGAAAGUAAAAAGAACUUUAUUAUCACCCACAAGAAAAAAUAAUCCUCAGCCAAUUGGUUUAAUAUAUCAAUCACCUUUGUAUCCAGCUGCUCCGCGUUUUGCUAUAUGGAAUCAAGAAAGAACUUCGCGAAAAGCAUGCAAAGGAAUGCCAAGCCUAAUUUCGCAUAUUGGUAAUAUUAAUUUUACAUGUUCAAAGAUUUUAGAAGGAUGGCAAUGUGAGAUGUCGCGACAACUUCCAAUUUUACAAUACAGUUUGGAUUCAACUAACCGUUUUAGUUAUCAAAACCCAUCUAAAUAUCCAGGGUUCGCAAAGGCUUUAAAGGAACAAUCAUGUCGUCCAAAUGAUGGUGCAGCCUCCGGGAUAGUACCACGUAUUUGUCCAACCAAAUUAAAAACAAAAAAGCACUUCAAAAAACACCAUGAAAAUACAUCUGGAAAUAUAUUUAAUUUGUUAUAAAAUUAAUAAAAAAACAAUUUUAUUUGA